ACUUCUCUUCUUCACGCGCGCUCACCAUCACACACUUCUGAACUCCACACACACUUUUUUUCCUUCCCCCUACAAAGCAGAAGCCGGACCCCCCCUCGCGCAGAGGAAACAUGAGUUACUCCAGCGACAUUUACAGCAGCAGCUCCUAUCGGAAGAUCUUCGGGGAUGCGCCCCGCAGCGGCCGCGUGGGUCUGGGCGGCGGCAGCAGCCCGUCCCGCCUGCAGCCCGCGGGGUACCGCAGCCACCGCACCUACGGGUCCCCCUCCGUGGUGUCCUCCACCACCUACCGGCGGAGCGCGGCACCCGGCCGCGUCUUCUCCUCCAUCCCGGACUCGGCCGUGGACCUGAGCCAGUCCACCGCCGUCACCAACGAGCUGAAGAUCAUCCGCACCAACGAGAAGGAGCAGCUGCAGGGCCUCAACGACCGCUUCGUGUCCUUCAUCGAGAAGGUCCACAACCUGGAGCAGCAGAACAAGGUGCUGGAGGCCGAGGUGACGCUGCUGCGCCAGCGCCACAGCGAGCCGUCGCGCCUGCACGAGCUCUACGAGCAGGAGAUCCGCGAGCUGCGCGCGCGCGUCGAGGAGCUGACGCACGAGAAGAGCCAGAUGCACCUGGACUGCGUGCAGAUGAGCGAGGCGCUGGAGCGCGUGCGGGAGAAGCUGGAGGAGGAGAGCAGGCUGCGCGAGGAGGCGGAGAACGCGCUCAAGGGCUACCGGAAGGACGUGGACGACGCCACGCUCGCGCGCCUCGAGCUGGAGAAGAAAGUGGAGUCUCUGCUGGACGAGCUCGCCUUCCUCAGGAAAAUUCACGAGGAGGAGGUGCAGGAGCUGCAGACCUCCCUGCAGGCCACGCAGGUUUCAGUGGAGAUGGACAUGAGCAAACCAGACUUGGCUGCAGCUCUGAAGGACAUCCGGGCCCAGUAUGAGAACCUGUCCGCUCGGAACCAGGUCCAGGCGGAGGAGUGGUACCGCUCCAAGUUUGCCACGGUCACCGAGGCUGCUGCGCGCAACCAGGACGCCAUCAAGCACUCCAAGGAGGAGCUGAGCGAGUACCGCCGGCAGGUGCAGGCCCGCACCCUGGAGAUCGAGGCCCUCAGGAGCCACAACGAAGCCCUGGAGAGGCAGAUCGCUGACAUGGAAGACCGCCACAACAACGAGGUCGGAGAGAUGCAAGACACCAUCCAGCAGCUGGAGGCCGCGCUGCACAGCACCAAGGGGGAGAUGUCCCAUCAUCUGCGCGAAUACCAAGACCUGCUGAACGUCAAGAUGGCGCUGGACAUCGAGAUAGCUGCUUACAGGAAGCUGCUGGAAGGUGAGGAGUGCCGCCUCAGCUCUGUCGGCGGCGUCAUGAUCCAGUCUGGAUAUUCUGGUCUGUCCUACACCUCGGCCCGCUCCUACGCUCUGGGAGCUUACCGGAAGUCCAAGCCUGAUGAGGAGGAAGAGGAGGCGGGAGAGGAGGAUAAGGAGGAGGAAGAGGAGGAGGAGGGAGAAGAGGAGGAAGGAGAGGAGGGAGAAGGAGAGGAAGGAGAUGAGCAGGAGGGAGAGGAGGAGGAAGAGGAAGGAGAGGAGGAAGAGGAGGAGAAGCCAAAGGAGAAGGAGAGCUCCACCGGGAAGAACAGCAAGAGCUAAACUGCUUGUUUCAUCCCCUUCAUCAUCAUCAUCAUCAAUAACUCAUUCCACCUCCCACCAGUCCCUGAUGGAGCUGGUCCCAGUUCAGUCCACCUCUGUCUCACGCUCACACACUCACACGUGCACACUCCAGACGCCUCUCACCUUCUGCUGGUCUGCUCUGCAGCCUGGUCCGUUCCCACGGAGCUUUAGUAACUGUGCCGUCACUGGUCCCAUCACACGAGAAGGUAACACACUGUCAGCACACAGACUCUGAAGAGAAAUGCACAGAGAAGCAGCCGGUCCGACUUUUAUGGUGCUAUUUGGUUUUUACAUAUAAAAGUUGGGGAGUCCUGUUCUGUCAGUAAAAUAUUUUCUCACAGAGCGAAGCCCCACCAGCUCAUUCCUGAACGCCAGCUUUCUAAAGCAGGAACGAUUGUCUGUGAGCUGGACUUCAGCAGAUUAAUGCUCAUUUCGUUUCAUCUCAUUUUAAUUUACUGCAGCAGGAAACGACAGCAGCUCUGAGCCUGAAGGAGCCGUGCGUGGAGGUGGUGUUUUCAGCUGCAGGGGUGGAGGAGUGCUGCUGCUUCUCUAUGUGGAUGAAAAGAGUUUCUAUCGCUGCUAUGUGUCUUUGUGGGGGAAUAUAACCAACCCCUUCCUUUGAUUGAUUCAUUUGUCAAACCCUUUUCUCAUUUUCUUCAUAAAUAUCUUUUCUAGUCAUAAAUGUCUUGGUCCUUUAGUGUCUUGAUGCUGAAGACAGGACGUGAGCGAAGCAGUCAAACAUCUGAUGGAGACCCUGCUGGCUUAGAGUCACAAAUAAGGGCUAUAUUGGACACAACCCUCACGUUGCCCUGACUUGUUGCCAUCCUUCUGCUCCGUUCAGUUUCCUCCUCCACCCGUCGUUUUGACAAAUGAAUCAAGCAGCAGGUUUGAAUGCAUGGCCUUACACCUGGAGCUUGAAUAUUCGCUGGAUGAAAUAGACUUUUGCUUGUUGUGUGUUCAAUUUACGAGAUAACAAUAAAAAAAUUCAUUAAAGUAA